UUGUGGCCAUUUUUCUUGAAAUAUUGAAGAAAAGUGUCCCGAACACACUUGGAGGUCCAUUUUAUAUUAUCGUUCUUGUUUGAAGCCAUGGUGAAAGGCUUUAUACAGGUGUUGGUAGGAAAUAUUGGUAAGGGCGUGAGAAUGUGAAGAUGGUCGAAUGUUCUAGGUUUGGACCCAAAGUGAGAGAAAUGAGUCAACCCCCCCAAAGUCUUGGAGAGUCUGGGUAUGAUCAUCAAGCAACACACAUAAGAGCGCAUUCAGGGGAAUUAAAUACUGUUAAAAGCUUAAGGCUUUAAAUUAGUAUGAAGUAGGACUAUAUCCUAUCCUUUGACAUUUUCAUUUCACUUGUUGAACAUUGUUUGUGGUGGAUGGCGCAACAUUCUAAUGUGGGAGUUCACGGAAGGAAGCGCCCCGCAGAGGAUGAUCCAGAAGAAGAUCAGCCUCUGGCCAAAAAAUUUGAUCGCUUGCACAUAGACACUGUGAUAAGCCACUCCUCUUCAUGCAAUAACCAAGAGGCGCGAUUACAGGCUUCAUCGGGAGUAUCUAAUUCUAACGAUGCAAUGAUGCUGGAUGAUACAAAGCACACUAUUUACAUCCACGACCUAGAACGGGAGCUAGCUGACGAUGAGCCCGUCGGUAGCUCUAUCAUGAUUCUACCGGGGCUUGAGGAUAAACUGUCGGUGUCUAGAAUCUUGGUUACUGAUACCAAACCCCCGUGCAGCGAAAUAGUGCUCUACCGAGAGCCUACAUCUCUAUCGAUUCCGAGGGAGAAGGAUGGCGUGCGAAGGGCUAUAAUGGAGAGUAGGGAGCGAGCAAGAUUGCAUCGAUUGCGAGAUGGGAGCCCUACUAGUCGAAGCCGGGCUCGGAGCCAGAAUCCGACGAACGAGCUUGCGGAUACGGGCAUCACUGUUCACUGUGGCGUAAAUUUAGACAACAUGGAUAUCGAUGGAGAAAGUGACGGUGGUUUAUCGAAACCAUUCAUUCCAUGAUGCUGUCUGUGUUGUUAGGCCCUGCAGUGUGCUCGGCUUUGGGUAUUCCUCGCAAUUGUUCAGUAAGGUUCCUGGUGACUCGGGUGGUAGAUGAAAAGGCUAACUUGGGAGGAGAGAAGAUCCGAUUAUUUGCCUAUCGGUGCUUGUCAAACACACGCAAGUGAUAUACGUGGGUAACCCAGAUGCUUUAGCAGGUCGAUAUGAUAAUACACCAACUAGGUGCGAAG